UGAACCGCGUUUGUCGGGACAGACCCAUUUUUAGAGUGACGAAACCAGUAACGCUCCGCCUCCAAACGUCAAAUAUGGCUGAUGUCGUCUAGGUAACCGGAGGCCUGAACCGGAAGUUUAGUAUUGAAGACAGGUGACCGCGGAGACUUGCUACGACUGUUUAAACAUGUUGCAUUGGGAGGAUGGUGAACGAGGAUCAAAAGGAGCAGAAGACUAUGCUGCUGAAUCCAUGGCUGCAGAUAUGGAUCCCUGGAUAAUCUUUGAUGCUCGUAAGACCCCACGAGCAGAGUUUCAUGAGUGGUUAGAAACGUACCGUCCUUCUAGGGUCCCUCGUUUUGGUGACCCUGAAGAAGAAUCUGGACCAGUAGGGUGGAUAGCAGUGUAUGGCCCAGGUUACUGCCCACACGCUGAAGGUGUCAAGGAACUUCAGGAUGCCUGGGAAAAGAUCCAGAGUACAGGGCACAAGAUUGAUUAUGACAUUGUUCGUCAAUUAGCUCUUAAUCAUGGAGUAAUAUCUGGGAAAUGGCUUAUUCAUUUAGACACUGGAUUCAAAGUUGACUAUGCCUGGCAAGGAAUAGCUACUGCAGUAGUAGAAGGUCGGCUUAGUGUAGCCAAAGUGAGCCCUCGCCAUCAUGAAAGUAAGCAUGUUAUAUGUGUGUACACUGAAGACUUCACAGAUGAAGAAGCGAUCAUGCAGACAGAUGCUGUAAUUCGGAGUUCAGGUGUAAAAUGUUUACUGACUUACAAGCCAGAUGUGUACUCCUAUUUAGGCAUUUACAGAAACAAUCAGUGGCAGAUAUGCCCCACUAUCUAUGAAAGCCGAUUUGAUUUAGAAUGCAUUCCUCGCCGGUCCAGAGUUACCAACAAGGUAACCAACUUAGAAGUGACUUAAAGAAAUCUCAAUAUAAUUUUUAUUACUGCUCAAGUAAAUAUUUUGGUCUGUUCAUUUAUUAAUUUUGCCUGACCCUCUAACAGUAUUGUGCCUGUAAUAUUAAGUAAAUAUUCUCAUUUUUUUUUUCCCCUUUUGUGAAUGUGUUUAUUAUAAAUGUGUGUGAAUGUGGUGUUUAUUUAGUUGUUGUUGUGCAUUGCAUCUCUUAAUUGCACACAUAUAGGGUAGUAAGCAUUGUUGUAUGCAAAUUGGACUAAAUGGCUAAAUUUCAGCUAUACACCAGUGGUUCUUGGUGCAUAGUUGGUCGCCAGGGGCAUUAAAGUGGUUCUGCACUUUGUUUAAAGUGAUGAUCUAUCCUCUGGAUAGAUCAUCAGCAUCUGAUCGGCGAGGGUCUGACACCCGGGA